AUGUAUUCCGAGGUAGCAUUUCUGAGACCAGAAGAAGCAGACUACAGUGCCUUUGGUACAGACACACUAAUAAAGAAGAAGAAUGUUUUAACCAAUGUGUUGCUUCCUGACAACCAUAGAAAAAAGCCACACAUAGUCAUUAGUAUGCCCCAGGACUUCAGACCUGUGUCUUCUAUUAUAGACGUGGAUAUUCUCCCAGAAACACAUCGUAGGGUCCGUCUUUACAAAUAUGGCACUGAGAAACUCCUAGGGUUCUACAUCCAGGACGGCUCCAGUGUCAUGGUGACACCCCAUGGCUUAGAGAAGGUGCCAGGGAUCUUUAUAUCCAGACUUGUGCCAGGAGGUCUGGCUCAAAGCACAGGACUAUUAGCCAUUAAUGAUGAAGUUUUAGAAGUUAAUGGCAUAGAAGUUUCCGGGAAGAGUCUAGAUCAAGCAACUGAAAUGAGGAUUGCAAACAGCCACAACCUCAUCAUCACAGUGAGACCAGCAAACCAGAGGAAUAACGUCAUUAGGACCAGUCGGACAUCCGACAGCUCUGGCCAGUCUACUGACAACAGCCUUCCUGGCUAUCCACAGCAGAUCGAACUGAGCUUUGAGCCAGAGGAUGAAGACAGUGAUGAAGAUGACAUUAUUACUGAAGACAAUGGUGUGCCACAGCAGAUCCCUAAGGCUGUUCGUAACACCGAGAGCCUGGAAUCAUUAACACAAAUAGAACUCAGUUUUGAAUCUGGACAGAACGGUUUUAUUCCUUCUAAUGAAGUGAGCUUAGCACCCUUAGCAAGUGGCACAAAUACAGAAUUUGAAACGCGUGCUCCAGAUCAAAAACUCUUAGAAGAUGGAACAAUCAUAACACUAUGA